AUGUAUUGCAGGUCUGCCUACGUUUCCGAUUUUUUCUCCCUGGCGGGGUCUUUCCACGCGCCUGUGGUGCUAUAGAUGGACAAAGUUUAACACAGCCAGGCUGCCAAUUCAUCUCCUCUGUUGCAAAGAGGAAAAGGGAAGAAGAGAUAUGACGGAAUACGAUGAUCGCAGCUGUGCGUCAAAUAUGUAUUUACCGAGCUGCACUUAUUACGUUUCGACGCCCGAUUUUACAUCAGUCUCCUCCUUUUUACCGCAGACUACUUCGUGUCAGAUUAAUUUCCCCUAUUCACCCAACAUAGCCCAGGUCCAACCUGUUCGAGAAGUCGCUUUCAGGGAUUAUGGACUGGACCACCCCAGCAAAUGGCACUAUAGGGGCAAUUACGCAUCUUACUACUCAACGGACGAGAUAAUGCACCGGGACUUGAUCCAGUCCUCCAGCAGCAGGGCGGAUGUGAUAUUCAAAAACGAGUCCUUUUACGGCCACCACGGGGGGACCAACUCGCCCUGCAAUUUCUUCACCGGUGUCGGCCGAAAUGGGGUUCUCCCCCAGGGCUUCGACCAGUUUUUGGACACUCCUAACUCGGACAAGCCCAACGCGGAGCACCCCAAACAAAAGACAGACUCUGCUGCUGCCGGAGAUGCUGCGAAUAACAAUCAGGCUUUAACCAAACUGGAGCAGCACAAAGCUGACCCGAGCGGGAGCGCCGACGAGGACUCAUCCUCCAACUGCGGCGACAAGAACAACCAACAGAGUUCAUCAACCAAGUCCAGGAAGAAGAGGUGUCCUUACACCAAAUACCAGAUCCGAGAACUUGAACGAGAGUUUUUCUUCAACGUGUACAUUAACAAAGAAAAGCGUCUUCAGCUGUCCAGGAUGUUAAACCUGACCGAUCGGCAGGUGAAGAUCUGGUUUCAGAACAGAAGGAUGAAAGAGAAAAAGCUGAAUCGCGACCGCCUACAGUAUUUCACUGGGAAUCCUUUAUUCUGAUACCUGACAUAGUUGUUGUACACACGCACACACACACACACACACACACACACACGGGAGCAAAAUAGGAGCCACACACACAUUUAAAAGACUGGUCCCCUCUGCAUAUUUGAUCCCUCAUCAUCCUGUUUAGACAAUUUAUUUUACAAAAAUCUGGCAAAACCAAGACGCCACUUUUUCUUUUUUUCUUUAUUGCAAACAAUUCCUGCAUUUAUUUAUUUGUGUUCACAUGGUUUCGUGUUAUUGGCGACACAUAUUCCAGCAAAGCGCGAAAAAACGCGUGGAAAUUAUUUAUAUAAACUAUAUGUAAGGCUUCUACCUUGUGUACCUCCAUUUAUAAGACGCAUGUAAUGCACGUUGUGGUGUGAAAACUUAAAAUAGACACGACAAAUGUUGUAUCAUAGUCACGAACCUUGUCACAUGAACUUAACCAAGUCCUUAAAUAACACGAGAAAAAGGGGGGAUUUUUUUUUCUCCAAAGAUUCAUGCAUACUGAAAUCUGACGCCUCGCAGGCCUGAUAAGUCCCGUCAUUUCCUCUGCUUUCAAACACUGGAUUGUUUACUAAACCUUGAACCGUCUAGACAGUAUAAUAAACAUAGCUGUAAAUGUCUAAAUAGGGGGCUAUUGCACUUUGGUGUCCCAACCCCCAGAUCACAAGAGCUCUGAUGCUCUUUCCUGUGUAGUUUCACUCCAGGCUACAAAUGUGUGGAGAAUACAAGACACUUCUGCGCAUCCCGUUUUAUAUUUAGCGCCUUUUGACACAUUGAAGAGCUUGUGUUGGUAGCUGGGAUACAGUGGAGGAUAUUCUAACAAGGACCGCCAUAUGAAAGGAUAAGUAAUUUUUGAAGUUUAUCUGCUUUUCUAGUGUUCUCAGUGCGCAAAAUGUUUCUUUGACGCCUUCAAAUCUGCUGCAAAGGAGAAAGAUUCCAACUGUUGGCAAGAAAUGCGCGUUUCCAUGUGUAAUUAACGCAGGUGACUCAUUUCUAUCUGUGCGCAGCUCCAUUAUACAGUGACCUCAGGCUGCUUCACCUGAGCACUGUAGCUUGUUUCUUAUGAGUCGAUAAACGCAUCGAUUCCACACAAAAAGUCGCUUUAUUGAUCUUUAAUUUGAUUUUCUCUCCAGCAGCCAUCACAGCCCUCGUUUAUGAAAUAAUAGUUUGAAGCAGGAUUAAUGUUUAUUUCAUUUGUGAUGCGUCACACCUACAGUUAUUUCCCAAAAAGCCUAUUAGAAAACUGAGUUUCAUUAAGCGUUUAAUUGGGUUGUCAUCAUGUCCUACAGUGAAAUUACAUUACCAACUGUGUGGGGUGUUUCACUUUGCUUCUCGGUGUAUCCACAUGAGGGCAGACUUGCUGCUUUGGCUGCGAGUGGAAAUGCAGAGUUGAGUCAAAUUUAACAUCUAGCCUGCAUGAAAAUAACUCACUGGAGGAAAAAUCCUUUGAAGAGAGGGUUAGUUUACAUUUUUAUUUUAGUUAACUACACUUGGUGGCUUAAAUUUAGUUAUUUUCAACAGAUUUUAAAUAGUUGAAUUUUAAAUAAAAUGUCCAAGAUUACUUCUUUUUGUCAAAGUCAAACCAUUCCACAGUAAAAGCUGCAGCUUCCCUAAGAAAAUAAAUUAAUACGUUAAUAAAUUAAUCUUAACACACAUUAUUUAUUUCGCUCAACACCCACUUUACCUUCUGCAACUCCUGUGUCUUCCAGGCGGCCAUUACAUUUCCAAGUCAUGUUCAAGUGUUCAAAGGACAAGCAAAAUACAUGUAACUCGUGUCUUUGUAAUCUGAAACUCUGAAAUACAGACUUCGAUCUUCACCUGAAGGCCGCACAACCUCAAAGGCCGCUGCAAUCUGUCUCCACACACUCCAGAUGUUAUGCUGGAAAUGUGGGGAAAAUAUUCACGUAAAUGUGCUUUACAAUUAAUUUUUAUUUGAUUUUAUUUUUCAGCUGUAUAACUGUUGAAUUAUUGUUUAUCUGCGUCUGGCUAUUUGCUUUGAAAAAUGUAAGAGUGACAGCUACUCCAAAAAAAAUGAAGGACACGAGGGCACAAGUUUUGCAUGAAUCUACAAUGUCGGUGUCCUUUUUUAAAUAAUUAUACCCUCAUUUUUUUUUAAAUAAUAAAUAUCUACCCUUAUGUUUGAAAGAAUAUUAAAUAUAUAAGUGGAUCUCCUGGCAUUUACUUUAAAUUAUCAUUAUUAUUGUUAUUAUUAUUAUUAUUGUUAUUAUGCCAUUGUUUUUCCACUUUUACGGUACUUGUGUACAUUUUGUGCGUGUAUGAAUUGUUGAUUAUGCCUAAAUAAUAUACUCCCAUAUUAUUUUUUAUUUCAGUUCAGUGCGUCACAUGAUAUGCAAAAUAGCCCAAUGUUAUAUUUGAGCAAUUGUCUUUAUUAGAAACAUGCUUAUUAAAACAGAAAUGGUGUCCGUGUUGUCAGAUGUCUCAGUUAAAUGUUUUUUUUUUUUAAUUUCCUUUCUUUUAAUAACUAAUCGGAGGAAUGUAUUUUCUACACAUAUUCACUGAUUAAACUUGGGGUUUAACGAGCCUGUAUGUGGUUGUUUGUGAAUCCUGUGAUGCUGAGAUGAUUUGCAUACUACAAAUGCGUAUUUACAACCAACUGUAAAUAUCUGAGAGCCUUGAAGACAGAUCUGCACAUCCUCUUACACAAGAUUAAGGAUUAUUUAAAUCUUGGCGCAAAGACCAAAGAUAUAAUUAUUCCAAGCUGCAUUUAGUGUUUUUUAUUUGUAACAGACCUGUAGGAUCAUUGCGAUUAUUUUUAGACACAAAGUGUUUUUAUUUUUUCCCCUCCUCAGUUUAUCUUGUACACAUGUACCUUCCUUGCAGACAAAAACAAUGGAGCCCUGAGCAAAAAUAAUCCCCAGAGUGUGCAUACUUUUAUUUUUUGGAACAUCGGAAAUACCUGUGACAAAAUGCAAAUAAAGAUAUUGUGCUUAAUAACCUGUGCUAAUAAUAAAGGACCAUUUUCUAUCCGUUUUAAGUGGAAUUUAUUUGAGAGGCUAACUCCAGCAGGGGUGUAAUGUUGACCUUCA